AUGACCGUUGAAGGCGAGCACAAGUGGAACUGGCAGAAUUUCGUCAUCACCUUUGCUAUAUCGCUAGGGCAAUGGGCUUUUGCAUAUCCCUCCGCUAUCAUUGGUUCAACAAUGGGGCAGCCAUCUUUUCUAAGGUACAUGGAGUUCAUCGAAGAAGAUGGAACAAUGACAGAUAUCUCGGUAAAUCUCCAAGGCGCAAUGACAGGCGUGUUUCAGGCAGGUGCAUUUUUUGGAAUCCUCCUCGUGAGUUGGGUUAUGGAUAGAUAUGGUCGCAAAGCUGGAAUGAUAUUCUGCGCAAUAUUGAGCAUUGUUGGUGGUAGUAUCACAACAGCUUCUAACGGGGUGGCAAUGUUUAUCGUGUCAAGGUUCAUAUCCGGUGGAGGCUCCUGGGGAUUCCUUGCCGUCACCCCCGUAUACACAUCGGAGCUCUCACCUCCAAAUCUUCGGGGGCUAUUUGUUGGGAUGAACGGAGUGAACAUUGCUGUUGGCUACGCCCUCGCGUCGUAUAUGGGGCUUGCAUUUUUCUAUGUUUCCGACCCUGCCGCCCAGUGGCGCUGCCCCCUGGGGAUUGCUUUGGUAUUCCCCGUCGGGAUACUUCUAAUCAUGGCUGUGGUGCCCGAGUCACCCCGUUGGCUCCUAAUGAAGGGAAGAACCGAAGAUGCCAGAAAGAUUACGCUCAAGCUGCACAAAGAGGCGGACACUGGUGCUACAGAAUAUGCAGAGGCUCAAUUUGAGCAGAUGUAUCUCCAAGCAGAGGUCGAUCGCACGUUGAAUCCCACCUGGCGUGAAAUGUUCUUACGGCCAUCCUACCGGAAGCGGGCAAUUGUGGCAAUUGCAUUUGCAUUUAUUGGACACAGUACAGGAGUUACUGUUAUUAACAAUUACGGGCCGACUCUUUACAAAGCAUUGGGGUAUGAUUCUGAAUAUCAGCUCAUUCUCCAGACCGGGUGGAUUACCAUGGCCAUCCCCGCAAACAUUCUUGGUGUUUUUGUCACGGAUUCUUGGGGCCGUAAACCUCUUAUCUUACUAGGAGUUCUUGGAUGUUGUGCCUGCCUGAUCAUUGAAGCUGCCCUUGUCGCAGUCUAUGCGUCUCCAGUACCAGAGGCCCCUAACCUUGUUGCCAUUCGAGCAGCGGUUGCUAUUCUUUACCUUUUCAUGAUUUUCUACUCCCUCGGGAUUGACGUCGCGGGAAUGGUCUUUUUUGGAGAACUGUUUCCAAACCAUCUACGUGCUAAGGGUAUGGGCUUGGCCGCGGUGACAAUUGCCCUUUCAGAUUUCGUUUAUCUGCAGUGCGGCGCUAUCGCAUAUAGAGAUAUUGGAUGGAAAUAUUACUUGGUCUUUGUCAUAGUGACCCUCAUUGGCGCCAUAUAUCUCAUGGUAUAUGUCCCAGAGACUAGAGGAAUUCCUCUGGAAGAAAUGUCAGCAUUAUUUGGGGACGUGGAUGAAAUCGCGAAUUUCAGAUCCUCCCCUAACCGGAAUGGUGAUACUGAUGGUAUUGAACCCACAGUAACCUAUAGAAAAACCGACGAAGAUGGCGAUGUUAUCACUACCACUCAUGUUGCAUGA